UCAGCUGACGCAGCAUUAGAGCACAAUUUGUGAAUGUUUAUGCCUAAUAUAAUAGUAACCUGAAGACCCUCAGGUUCUUGCUUUUUGAACUUUGCCUUCCCUGGAUGGCCUUAUGAGGCAGGGAUGGAAAACAGAGAAAAGAUGGAAAGACCAACUACUGUCUGCAAAAGAGAAGAAAUAAAAAUCUACAUAAGAUCUGAAUUCUGCCGUCCAGCCUUGCUCCUCUCCAACAAGCAAGCAUCGUGCCUUCUCCUCAUUGACCUUGGGACAUCAUUUUUCAUGGCAGCUUUUCAGAAUGUUCCAUGGAGGUUGAUUUCUGGGAUCUUAGGCAUAAUAUGCCUUUUCUUGGUGUCUACUUUGGGAAUUUUGUUGAAAAUAUCAUUUACUAAACAAAUUGCUCAGUCAACAUUCUCUUCAGGACCCACUAUAGGACCCCAGAAAGUGUCUGGCUGCUGUUCUUGCCACGAAAAGUGGAUUGGGUACCAAUGCAACUGUUACUUCUUUUCUGAUGAAGAAAAGUCUUGGAAAGAAAGCAGCAUUGCCUGUGCUUCUCAGAAUUCCAGUCUACUACAGCUGGAAAGCAGAGAUGAACUGGGUUUUCUGAUCAACCAUCGGUAUUUUUACUGGAUUGGGCUCUCCUACAGUGAAGCCCGUGGCUCCUGGUUUUGGGAGGAUGGCUCUGCUCUUUCCCCCAAUCUAUUUUCAAGCUCUCAGACCCUAAAUCCCAGGAAUUGCAUAAUGUAUAAACCAAACUCUGAUGUUUUGAAUGAAGACUGUAUGGAAAAAAAUUAUUAUAUCUGCAAGCAACAGCUUCAGGUGUUUCAUGGGGUUGUGGGUGGGUGAUGCAGGUCUAGAUACACUAACAAUAUACUAAGAAUAGAACUUUUUAUCUCUUUUACAGACAGGUAUCUGUAGAUAUCUGCCUAUAAAAUGUUUCACUUUGUAUCUUAUCAUGCAAUUUGUAUGCAUUUGAAUCAUGUAUUUUAAAAUUGAUGAAAUUUCUGUGUCUGCACUUGAACUUACAAAGCAUCAAAAUAAAUAAUUU